AUGAAAUUCCUUAUUUGUUUGUUCGCCGUUUUGGCUGUCGCUAACGCUGGAUACCUUGCCGGCAACAACGUGUACGGUAGCGGUGUUUACAGCUCUGGAAGCUACAUUUCCAACCCUGCAGUGCAAUACGUUCAAUCUGCUCCAGCUGUUCAGGUUAUCCGCGCUGCUGCUCCAGUAUAUCAUUCAGCUCCAAUUUACCACUCUGCUCCAAUUGUAUCUGCUCCAGUCUACCGUUCAUCUCCAAUUAUUUCAUCAUACUCUGCUCCAUUGGCCGCUUCCAUUCCAGUUGCUCACUCAUACGGAUCAUACGGACACUCAUACGGUGGAUUCUUGAAACGUCAAUAA